CCGGUGAUCUGAUUGGUCAGUAGUGGGGCCGUUGACAGGUUUUGAUCUCUUCUCUUGAACUUAACCUGCUCCAGAGCAUGUUAGCCGUUCAGCACCAUUUCCCAUUGUUAAUCAACACGGGUAAGAAGAAGAGAACCAGCUUUGUUGGAGAGAAAACCCAGAUUUACACUUGAAGUUACCCAAUUGCGAAUCCAGCGGAACGGAGAACACUACGGAACGGAGCCGCCAUAUUCGACUCGGCAUCCAGUUCUCGUUCUACAUCUAUGGGCGGUGGCUGUGCACGUGGACCAAUGAGAGGAGAGUAGAGCCCACCGACGGACGAAUAGCACGUCAGUAGUGUUACACGAGAGGGAAAAAUCAUCACCUGUGUUCUGUCACACCUCGUUUUCUGAUCUCACUGAAACAGGCGAGUUUAUUAACCAUGAGGCUGAUUUCAUUCAGCUGCAUAACCCUGGCUUCUCUCAUGUUGCUGCGCUGCCAGCACAUAGCCGCUGUUCCUGAGCAGAAGUCUGACUCUGCGUUGACUGUGGUGGAGAAUGUAGAAGGAGAAGUAGGAGCAGUUGGUGAUGAAGGAGAGGAAGAGGUCGCAAAUUUAAAGGUGGUCCAACCUACUGAGCAGUGGCAAACACUCAAACCAGGUGAGGCAGUACCAGCAGGUUCCCACGUGAGGCUAAAUCUGCAGACGGGUCAGAGAGAGGUCAGACUGGGAGAAGAGCAGCUCAAACACUGGACACAGGAUCACAGGAAUGGAGGACACGUUCCGUCCUCCUUCGCUCCUGAUGAACUGAAACAGGCCAUGAAGAAGAUAAAGGAGGACCUGAAUCCAGACUCUGUGGCUUCCAAGUAUCGCUCCCUAGAGGAGUUGAAGAAAGACAUGGCUCAGCUGGACUUGCUGGUGGAGACGGAUGUUCAGAUAAUGAGGCGUCUGCUGGACCAGUUCAACAGCAGCAGCACGACUACAGAGCAGAGACUGAACAUCCUGCUGGAGCUGGAGUAUCUUGUGCACCAGGUGGACAAUGCCCAGACUCUGUGCUCAAUGGGGGGUCUCCAGUUGAUUGUGGAAGGACUGAACAGCUCUGACUUCAGAUUACAGGAAAAGUCUGCCUUUGUCCUGGGAUCGGCUUCAGCCAGUAACCCAGUAGUUCAGGUGAAAGCGGUAGAGAGUGGAGCUCUGCAGAAGCUGUUAACUGCCCUGGCCACAGCACAGCCACUCAUUGUGAAGAAGAAGGUCCUGUUUGCACUGGCCGCCCUAUUGCGUCACUUCCCCUAUGCACAGCACAACUUCCUGUCAAAUGGGGGGCUACAGGUCCUGUCCGAGUUGUUUAGGGCAGAUGGAGGCGGAGUUCUGCGGACACGCAUCGUCACCAUGUUGUAUGACAUGAUCAGUGAAAAGGUGCUGAUUUCUCAGGCAGGUCUGGACCCAGUCUUGGAUGCCGCCCAUGAGGAGCGUGUGCAUCAGUACUCUAAGGUGUCCGUGGAGGCGGAGCUGCUGGAGAACGGCUGGUGCAGGCUGGUCCCACUGCUGCUCGAGUCUACCGAGCAUGACCACAGAGAGAAGGCUCUACGGGCUUUGUUGGCGAUGGCUCCGAAGUGUUUGGAUGAGUACCGCUCAGACAGUUCUCUGCUGGGCUACUUGCUCUCUCUCCGAGACCAGUACCAGGAACUGGUCCAUUCAGAAAUGAUUCUGGGAGAUGAGACUGGCUACUUUGCGGAAAUUGUAGAACUUAUUGAUACGCUACUAGUCAAAAUGAAAUGACCAGAGGAUUGUACAGAGCGACAUUUUUUAUGCCCACACUGUGCAGUGGAGUGUACAGACUGAUAGACUUGGAAAACUAAACAACCAGUCAUCGGGUGCAUGACCAGCCUCAGAGGGAAACUCCUGUGGGUGAUGGGCUCGCCCUGUAGAUGAUGGAACCAAAAGUUGAAUUUGACAAGCCAAGCUUUCAUUGAUGGUCUCAGAAUGUUUUCAUUUUUUUCCCAGGGGUUUUUCAUAGACACUUUUCACAGCAGAUAUUCUGACUUGUCAAAGCAGAAAACGUACGUGAUAACAUUAAGGACGGCUCAUGAGCAUAUGUGUCCAUGUACGUCAAGUGCGAGAACCAGAGGCACAGCUACAUGCAACCAUCACUGAUUUUACUAAUUGUAAAAUGUUGACUUUUUUGAUGAUAUGAAAAUAAAUUGAUAUGAGAUAA